AUGAUGUCCCAGAAUCCACAGAGAAAAAUCGAGUUGCUCCAGGCGGAAGCCGAUGAAAACGAUCAAAGUUUCUUCCGAUUACUGGUCGAUGGACGCGCCAUCAAAUACAUCACCAUUGAACCUGGAAUCUACAGCGUCGAAGAUAUGUGCUUCGGUCCCUCCCUGGUUUCCCUUCUUCCCGACUUUCCUCCUGGCGAUUGGAACGAUGGACUUGUCGCUCGAGAAGGGGAAAAUGGUCAACCGCGCUUUACACGCACUACUCGGACGGCGUUUGCCAGCGUCAGGAAUACGUGGCAUCCUACGUUCGUCGACUACCUGGAGAUGGUCGUGGGUAGGAAAUUACGAACAGGCGUCUAUGAGGUUAGCUGCCCAUUAUUCAACAAGACUGUCGUUGCCAAAUUCGCCCGAUUCGAUUGGGAGGUGCAGUACAUGGAAAACGAAACUACGGCUUACCAAUGGAUUGACGGUUACGAUAUCGGACCCCGGUUUCUUGGCCACUUGACUGAAGAGGGCCGGGUGAUAGGGUUCUUAAUGGAGCGUGUCCCAGCUGAACGGCACGCUGGCCCUGAGGACCUUAAGGCCUGCCAGGAAACUUUGUCUCGGCUGCAUGGUUUGGGAAUCCGGCACGGUGAUAUAAAUCGAUUCAACUUCCUGAUUUGCCAAUCGAAGGCAAUUCUGAUUGAUUUCGACACGGCCCAGAAGUGCGACAACCGGGAUUCCUUGUCAGAAGAGUGGGAAGAUUUACCUCGGCGGCUAAACGAUCCGUCUAACAGGGGUGGUGGAGGGAUUCUCUAG